CAGAAGAAGAAGAAGAAGAAAAAGAUGGCGACGUGCACAAGACUAGCUCCUCUAACAAAACGUGGGGUAAUCUCGAGAUGCAAGCGAAACCUGCAUUCGGACACUUUGAAGUUUGAGCCUGUAUAUCCGGUCAUCCAACCAUCCAAGACCGCGAAAAGUAAAGCUGCUAAAAGACAACGAGAAGAAGACUACCUGAAUGAAGUACGCUCCGCAAGCGUACAGGACAAAAUCCGGUUACUCACUAAGAUUCAGCGAAGGAAAUACGUCUUGUACCCUCAGACCUUUGCACUCAAUGCGGACAAGUGGUACCAACACUUCACCAAGACCGCAUAUCUACCUGGUCUUCCCGAUAAAUUUUCGGUCGAAUUAGGUGAAAAUAGUAGUGAAAUAUUACAGGUAGCGCCAGUUAACGGUGACGAUAAGGCCUUUUCAGAUCUCCGGUCCUUGCUUUGCGAUUCGAUUUUGCAGGAGUACUUCUACUUGAAGAAAACGAAACCAUUUUUGCAGAAAGAGCAGCAAACGUUCGCUUCACCGUUCCUCAGAAACCUUGUCUCUGGAAUCACCAGUGCCCUGGCCAAAUACAGUCCUUUACUUAAAGUAUCAUGUCUCGAUUUCAAUCCGCAAGUGAAUUUCUACUGGAUGAGAGGGGAGAGGACCAUUCCAAGAGGACAUCGGAGUGGUCGAACAGAACCUGUCAGGUUCCAGAUCGACGACAAACCAAACUGUCUAAUAAGGGUGCCGCAACAACUUCCAGAGAUGGUGCCUCUUUGGACAGAAAUUUCUGCCGAGGUUCCUGAGAUCAGAUAUGCCCCCGACCUGCUUCCUUUGUACAGGAGACAGUAUGACAACCGCAUUUUCACAGGGUCCAAACUUGCUGACCCAUGCAGCUAUGGCCACACGCAAUUCCACCUUGUAAUGGAUCGUUUUCACAGGAGAAACUUUUCCAAGGCAAAUCUUGUUGACCAGAUUGAGGUUCACUUGAGAGCCAAUGCUGUUGCCAGUCUCUUUGCCUGGACUGGAGCACAGGCUAUGUAUCAAGGUUUCUGGAGCCACGAAGAUUUGACUAGGCCGUUUGUGUCACAAGCCAUAAUCACAGAUGGACAGCACUUUUCCUUCUUCUGCUACCAGUUGAACACGCUUGCUCUGAAUGACUCUGGGAAUCCCAGAAAGAACCUUUGCUGGGGUACCGAGAGCAUGCGGCUGUACGAAGCCAUAAAGGAUGGGAAUGUGAUUGGGUUGGACGACAAUGUUUUGAAGCUUCUGGUCAAGUUCCUGCUAAAUGGGGCUAAGCUAGUGUAAAGAUAUGAUAAAUGCAAUUUGGUGAUUUUCAAGUAGUUACUGUUCAGUGGGUGAAAUAAUGUCAAUGAAGUUGGUGCAGUAUUCUAAGCUGAGUUGUAAGCCUUUUUUUUAUUUAUUUAUUUUUUUAAUAUACAUUUUUUGAGCAUUUGUUAAUAAAAUGGGUGCAGGUUGAAUGUGAUUUUGUUAACUUUUCUGCAGCAUUUCAUUGGAAAAAUUUGACCAACUUUCUAAAUCUAAUCUAAAUUAUUUGGCAUGUAGCAUUUACCUGUAAAAAACCCAGAUGUACUGAACAUUGUCAUGCAUAAAUUUGUGCUCAAAUAAUGUAGUUAAAACAUAGCCUUGUGCCCUAUUUUGUUUCAUUUUCAGAUAUAAUCAGCUUUAAUUUCAAUUUCUAAGUACCGUGGCUAACGUUAGCAUGCAAGCUGAUGGCCAGGCUAGCUGAUUCUAAAGCAUGCCUCUCAGAUGAUAGUUUGACAACAGCUGAUGGUCAGAAGAUUAUGUCCUGUCAAUCAAUAAAUAUUCUAUUGUUUAUUUGUAA